GUCUAGGGUGAUUUAAACUAUAAAGAUUCAGUGAAAAAUGCAUAUUAAAUUUCUUGCUAGCAAUUUUUACCAAUUCUUUGAAAAAAUGUAAGUGGUUAAAGCAGAUACAGUAAAGAGUUUGCCCAUAACUUCACUGACAAAAAUAAGGAAGGGAAGAUAAGCUUCAAAUUCCCAAGCAUGGGCUUCCUCCCUACUUUCUAUCUAUAAGAUCAUUUUGAAAAAAAAAAAAAAAGAACAAGAAACUGAAGCACCAAACUAGCAAGAACAAAGGAGGAGAGCUACCUUAAGAUAAGGCAUGGCUUCCUUGGCCAUUUCUGCUUCAUUGCAAACAGUUUGCAGCUCACAUCAAGCCACUAAGAAACAACAGCCCAAAUCCAGACCAGCUGCUCGCUCUUUGGGGACAAAAGAGGCCACCCAUCAUGUUGUUGCGCUGGAUGUGAAAGCUCAAAAUGGUUUAAACAUAGAGAAGCAAGAGAAGUCUGCUUUACGCAUCGAUAGGCCUGAGGCCGAGGAUGCUGCAGACUACAAAUCACAGCAUGGUUUGGGUACAGAAUUGCCUGUUGUGGAGUUCAACGACGAGCGGUGGAAGAAUGGGACGUGGGAUCUAAAUAUGUUUUCCAAGGAUGGCAAGUUGGACUGGGAUGGCAUCAUUCUAGCAGGUCGAGCGGCAAUGGUUGGGUUCUUCAUGGCAUAUGUUGUAGAUGCUUUGACAGGGCUCGGUGUUGUAGGACAAACUGGCAACUUCAUAAGCAAGGCAGGGUUCUUUGUGGCAGUCAUUGCUAUAAUAUUCAUCAGGCGAACCCAAGAUUUUGAGAACUUAAAGAAGCUAGCGGAUGAAGCUACUUUCUAUGACAAACAAUGGCAAGCUUCGUGGAUAGAUCGAAAUGCAACAAGUGGCUCUUUAGAUCAAACUGGAAAGAAAAUUUAAGCCUGCCUUCCAAGAGAAAUUGUAUUUAUCUUGCUAGUAGGACCACAGAAUGGUUUGUUAAUCUCUAUUAUUAAAUUACAAUGACAUAAUCUAAAUAUUUUGUUUGACCUAGAUUUUUGUUCUCAACUCCAGUGCUGGUCAAUGAUCAAUCCAUAAACCAUUCUAAUUUA